AUGAUGCCAUUCUAUACGUUGCUGGGAGCGAUCUUCGCUCUCCUCCGUCUCGUCCACGCCCUCUCGGACACUGACUACAUCACAGAGUCCGGAAGCAAUGCUCGUACCGGUUAUUCGACAACUCACAACAUGGACCCAGCAGUGGUCUCAUCGACCUCCUUCGGCCUUCUUUGGUCAAGACCGACUUACGGCGCCUACAAGGGCUUCCCGGAACAGUUUUACGCACAACCUUUGGUGUACACACCUGCAGGUCACUCCCAGGUUGUGUUUGCCGUGUCUGCGACGAAUUGGGCUUACGUACUGGAUGCGGUUACCGGUGUAAUCAUCAAGUCCCGCAACUUGAGCCCACCCUUUAUGGUGUCCGAUCUCAACGGCUGCAACGACAUCCUUUACACCGUCGGUGUCACUGGUACACCUUCGCUGGACCCUGAGACCGAUACCGUCUACUUCUUCGCUAAGACGUACAAGGACGGGACUGCGGACGUCGGUGGUGUUGCCAAUGCCAUCUACAAGAUGUACGCCCUCGACGUCUUAACUUUGGAGGACAGGGAUAACUUCCCCGUUUCCUUAGAGGGAUACAAUGCCUGGAACAAUCCCAAGAAGUACUUCGAAGGUGGCAAGGUUUUGCAACGCCCUGGAAUUCUAUUGUCCGACAAUGACGUCGUGUAUGCGGCAUUCGGCGGUCAUUGCGAUAUGUUCAACUACACCGGUUGGAUCUCUGGCAUUCACAAAACCUCUGGUGAGGUCGUGAAUUUGUGGGCGUCUGAGGGAGGUGAUGAGGCUACCGGAUUCGGAGGAGGAAUCUGGCAGUCUGGCACGGGUUUGACUCAAGAUGUCAGUGGUCGAGUGUUCUUCGUAUCUGGCAACGGUAACUCCGGUGUUCUUGGCAACAAUCCCGUCAGUGGUCGGAGUCCGCCUCACGCUUUGGAGGAGACCGCAGUGAACUUGAAAAUCGACCCGAACGGUACGGUCUACCCCGUCGACUUCUUCGCUCCCUACGACGCGGCAACGCUCAAUGCAGCUGAUCGUGAUUUGGGGUCUAUUGGUAUGAUUACCCUCGAUCCGUCUUAUUUCACUUCUGCGUCUGCCCGGCGUAUGGGUGCCAUCUGCGGUAAGAACGGUAAGGGUUACGUCCUCAACCUCGACAACUUGGGUGGUUACAAGACUGCAGCGGGAGGUGGUGAUAACGUUAUCCAAACCUUCCCUCUUACCAACUCUGUGUUCUCCGCUCCUGGUUCUUACCCUAACGAAGGUGGCUACCUUUAUUUCACACCUGCGGGAAACCCUACCGUUGCAUACAAGUUUUCCUUGGACGCCAACGGUAACCCCACCUUCACGUAUGCCGGUCAAUCUGAGGAUGUUGCGGCUGGUCGUCCUGGUACUGGCCAUCUGAGUGUUACCUCGCUUGACGGACAGCCAGGUACCGGAAUCGUAUGGUUGACUGACGUUGAAGGUGGUACCGUCCGUGCCUACAGCGCCGUUCCAGUCAACGGCAAACUCCAGCAGAUCUUCUUUCAAUCGCCUCCGCUUGUCAACAAGUUUCAACGUCCCGCUUUCGGUGACGGGCGUUUCUACGUGGGAAUGCAGAACACUCAAAUUCUCUGCUACGGUUCUCCUAUCAAUCUUCCGAUGAAUUGCACAAGUCCGAUGGACUUUGGAUCCGUGUACAAGGGCACGAAGGAAACGUUGAGGUUGAACUGCACAGCCAACAUCCCGCUUUCCAUCCAGGAUGUUACACUUGCUAAGAACAACUACUUCUCUCUUCCCACGGCUCCAACACUUCCUUCCCGGCAAUACGCUGCUGGAGAUGUGUUCACAAUGGACGUUACCUUUGCUCCGACCGGUCCGAUCUCCGUUUCUGGCUCCAUCAACAUAAAGACGAACAACGGAAUUAUUGGAUAUACGGAUAUCUUCCCCAUCUCACUCCGUGGAGUUGGAUUGAGCGCAGCUCCAUACCUUGCUGUCCAGCCUACCGUCAUGUCCUUCGAUGGUUUAGUCAUUGGCUCCGGCUCUAGUGUUGGUGGGCUUCAGAACUCUGUUCUUGUUCAAAACUUAGGUCAAGGAAAUCUUACCUUCAGCGACAUUUGGCUUCAGGGCUGUUUUAGCGACGAUGAUGACGACAACAUUGCUUCCGGUUGUGACCACAAUGUCACUGCCACUGGAAAUACCAUCGGGCCUUUCACUGUUUUGAAUAUGCCCCGUGCAGGUGACACCAUUCCGGGUGGUGGCAGUAUUUCGUUCAACAUCAAGUUUAACCCUGAUAGCACUGGGCAGUUCCAAGCUUUCCUGCGAUUCAUGUCUGACGGCGGGAACUAUUGGUUGCCCAUCGCUGGUUCCGCAGCCGGUCCUCCUCGGGCUGUUCUUGAGGUUGAGGAUGCCGAGGGGACCUAUCAGAAAGGCACGUACCUCGAUUUCGGACGCGUUUAUGCUGGAAGCACUGAAAUUCGAGAUAUUCGCGUCGUGAACGAGGGUGAUAGUGCACUUAUCCUUACCAAGUCAAAGCCACCUGUUUCUCCCAUCAUCGGAGCUCAGAGCCCUGAAGGGGACUUGCCAGAGACCUCCCAGAUCGCACCGAACAGUUCUUCAUAUGCCACGUUGUACUGCGCUGUUCCAGCCAACCAAGUCAACAUUCCUGAUCAGAAUUAUACAGGCCAGUGGAUCCUUAACACUAACGAUGAAUCCUGGGGUAUUCACAUUGUCGAGAUGAGCUGUGCUGGGGUGACGCCCCAACUUGGCCCCUUGAUGCCUGACGGCUACAACGCUCAGUAUCAGUACCUCGGAUGUUACAAAGACAGCACAGCCAAGCGUAUUAUGCCUACCAUGGCAUACUCUGACGGAAAUAAGAACGAAAAUGGCAUGUGCACGGCAGAAUGCAAGAAACUUGGCUUUGCCUUUGCCGCAAGCGAAUACGCGCAAGAGUGUUGGUGCGGAAAUACGCCUCCGUCCAAUCCAGUUGAUAUGAGUAACUGCAAUUACAAUUGUGCUGGUGAUGCUAAUCAGACAUGUGGUGGAUUCGGUGGGUUUGCAUCCAUCUUUUACGAUCAGCGGAAGUGGACACCAGCGAAUGGAUUCCUCGUCCAAGGAACGACGACUCCGGCAGCUCCGGCAGCUCCGGCCACAACAGCUGCCGGCCAAGGUGAUAUUGCCACGAUCGUGGCGCCCGUAGCGACAUCUUCUUCAUCGCCUAUCCCGUCAGUGCUUCCCGAUAACGCUUGGGACUACCUUGGGUGUGCAACUGAUUCCGUAGCCGCUCGUACUUUGCCGGUAGGAUGGUCACCUGGAGGCAUGACUUUGGAAUUGUGCAUGAACUACUGCGCCGCACAGAACUACACUAUUUCAGGUGUCGAGUACGCCCAGGAGUGCUAUUGUGGAAAUGCUUUGCAGAAUGGGGCUACAUUGGGUGCGUCUUCAUGCACAAUGGCCUGUGGCGGUAACUCUACCGAAAUCUGUGGUGGACCUGGUGGUUUGUCACUCUUCCAUUUCAAUGCCUCUGACGUCAAGCCAGUCAACGGUUAUACCUUCUCCAGUUGCAUCACUGAACCGAAUGCUGGUCGUGCCCUCAAUGGCGCUUCUACAACAGAUCCAAAGAUGACGCCCGACAUGUGCACGAAGUUCUGCAAAUCCAAGGGCUUCAAAUAUGCCGGAACUGAGUAUGGAUCCGAAUGCUACUGUGAUAACAGCCUUGCCAGUGGAUCGCUUGCGAUUACUAGCGGCUGUACUAUGCAGUGUGGUGGUGAUACCAAUGAGAUCUGUGGUGGACCCUCGAGGUUAAACUUGUAUGUGUUGAGGAGUGCGUCGUCAGCUUCUUCGACGGUCAGUAAAGCAGCUUCGACGUCAACGAAAGCGGCCUCUACCUCCACGGUGAAAACCUCAGCUACCACCUCAUCUGUGAAAGUUACGACAAGUUCAUCGAAGACUACUUCCACAACGAUCAAGACCUCCAGUAGCACUUCCAAGGCUACCACUACAUCUACUACGCAAUCCUCUUCAUCGGUGAAGUCUUCGACGACGACGGCGAAGGCGACUUCGUCCACCAAUGUCACGUCAAGCUUGAAAACCACUGCGGUUGUCACAUCAUCUGUCAAGACAACAAGUAAGACAACGACCACUUCCGCAAAGACGAUAUCGAAAGCUACGACGUCGGCUUUGAAGAUCACGACGCCGUCCGUCAAGAUCACAACGUCUUCUUCAAAGAUCACGACAUCCCCUGCGAAACCCACGACACCCUCUGUGAAGACUACAGUGAAGACUACAGUGAAGACUACAGUGAAGACUACAGUGAAGACUACUACUUCGUCUAUCAAGACCACGACGCCCGUGAAGACUACGACGCCUGUCAAGACUACCACGUCUUCCGUGAAAACUACGGCGAAUCCUUCUUCGAAGACAUCCGCGACAACGAGUAAGAAAACAACGACCACGACCAAGCCAGUCAGUUCGACUAAGGUUACUUCUACCACCAAGAAGACGACUACCACUACUAGUUCGAAGAGGACAACAGUUCUGCCAACGACUGUGAGGUUGGCCAUCAACACUUCUUCGUCCAAGACAACUUCUAAGACCACGUCAAAGACUACGUCGAAGACAACAUCCAAGUCUACAACGAAGGCUUCCUCCACGACACGCGCGAGUACUACUGCCAAGUCGACUACCUCGGCGAAAUGA